CCGCCGCCGGGCCGUCGGGCCGUCGGGCUGCCUGGGGAGCGCCAGCCCGGAUCAGGCUGCCCAGAUGCGGGCGCCACUCUGCCUGCUCCUGCUCGUCGCCCACGCCGUGGACACGCUCGCCCUGAACCGAAGGAAGAAGCAAGUGGGCACUGGCCUGGGGGGCAACUGCACAGGCUGUAUCAUCUGCUCAGAGGAGAACGGCUGUUCCACCUGCCAGCAGAGGCUCUUCCUAUUCAUCCACCGGGAAGGCAUCCGCCAGUACGGCAAGUGCCUGCACGACUGUCCCCCUGGGUACUUCGGCAUCCGCGGCCAGGAGGUCAACAGGUGCAAAAAAUGUGGGGCCACUUGUGAGAGCUGCUUCAGCCAGGACUUCUGCAUCCGGUGCAAGAGGCAGUUUUACUUGUACAAGGGGAAGUGUCUGCCCACCUGCCCGCCGGGUACUUUGGCCCACCAGAACACACGGGAGUGCCAGGGGGAGUGUGAACUGGGUCCCUGGGGCAGCUGGAGCCCCUGCACACACAACAGAAAGACCUGCAGCUCGGCUUGGGGCCUGGAGACCCGGGUACGAGAGGCUGGCCGGGCUGGGCAUGAGGAGACAGCUACCUGCCAGGUGCUUUCUGAGUCAAGGAAAUGUCCCAUCCAGAGGCCCUGCCCGGGAGAGAGGAACCCUGGCCAGAAGAAGGGCAGGAAGGACCGGCGCCCACGCAAGGACAGGAAGCUGGACAUGAGGCCGCGCCAGCCCGGCCUGCAGCCCUGACCGCCGGCUCUCCCAACUCUCUGGUCCUAGUCCUCGGCCCCUGCACACCUCCUCCUGCUCCUUCUCCUCCUCUCCUCUUACUCUUUCUCCUCUGUCUUCUCCAUUUGUCCUCUCUUUCUUUCCACCCUUCUAUCAUUUUUCUGUCAGUCUACCUUCCCUUUCUUUUUCUUUUUUAUUUCCUUUAUUUCUUCCACCUCCAUUCUCCUCUCCUUUCUCUCUCCCUUCUUCCCUUCCUUCCUCUUCUUUCUCACUUAUCUUUUAUCUUUCCUUUUCUUUCUUCCUGUGUUUCUUCCUGUCCUUCACCGCAUCCUUCUCUCUCUCCCUCCUCUUCUCUCCCUUUCACACACACUUUAAGAGGGACCAUGAGCCUGUGCCCUCCCCUGCAGCUCUCUCUAUCUACAACUUAAAGAAAGCAAACAUCUUUUCCCAGGCCUUUCCCUGACCCCAUCUUUGCAGAGAAAGUGUUUCCAGAGGGCAAAGCUGGGGCACACCACAGGUGAGUCCUGAAGGCCCUCCUUCUGCUCUGGGGGAGGCUCCAGGACCCUGAGCUGUGAGCACCUGGUUCUCUGGACAGUCCCCAGAGGCCAUUUCCACAGCCCUCAGCCACCAGCCACCCCGAGGAGCUGGCUGGACAAGGCUCCAGGGCUUCCGGAGGCCUGGCCUGGACACCUUCCCCAGCUGGCUGUAGAGGGUCACGACCUGGCCUCUGGCUGGGCAGCCAGCCCUGGAGGGCAUCCUCUGCAAGCUGCCUGCCACCCUCAUCAGCACUCCCCCACAGGCCUCCCUCUCAUGGGUCCCAUGCCCCUUUUUCCCAAGCUGGAUCAGGUGAGCUGUCACUGCUGGGGGAUCCACCUGCCCAGCCCAGAAGAGGCCAUUGAAACGGAAAGGAAAGCUGAGAUUAUCCAGCAGCUCUGUUCCCCACCUCAGCGCCUCCUGCCCAUGUGGGGAGACAGGCCUGAGAAGGAAGGGGCUUGCCCAGGGUCACACAGGAAGCCUUCAGGCUCUGCUUCUACCUGAUGGCUCUGCUCAGCACAUUCACAGCAGAGAGGAGAAUUUGGGGGUCACUUGAGGGGGGAAAUGUAGGGACUUGUGGGUGGGGAGCAAGGGAAGAUCCGCGCACUCGCCCACACCCACCACCGCACUCACUGACACCCACCCACACACUCGCCCACACCCACCACCACACUCCCCGACACCCAUCACCGCACUCGCCCACACCCACCACCAGUGACUUGAGCAUCUGUGCUUCGCUGUGACGCCCCUCGCCCUAGGCAGGAACCACGCUGGGAGGAGUCUCCAGGUCAGACCCAGCUUGGAAGCAAGUCUGUCCUCACUGCCUGUCCUUCUGCCAUCAUAACACCCCCUUCCUGCUCUGCUCCCGGGAAUCCUCAGAAACGGGAUUUGUAUUUGCCGUGACUGGUCAGCCUGAACACAUAGGGCUCCGUGACCGGGACAGGAAUGGGCAAGGAGAAGCAAGAGUUGGAGCUCCAAGGGGCCCAGGGGUGGCCUGGGGAAGGAAGGUGGUCAGCAGGCUGGGGGAGAGGCUCUAGGUGAUGAAAUAUUACAUCCCUGACCCCAAGAGAGCACCCACCCUCAGACCUGCCCUCCACCAGGCAGCUGGGGAUCCCCUGGCCUGACCCCCCCCAAGGCCCACCCUCUCUCUGACUUCCCUGCUCUCACAUCCCUGAGAACAGCUAGAGCCCCCUCCUUCGCCUGGCCAGGCCACCAGCUUCUCUUCUGCAAACGUUUGUGCCUCUGAAAUGCUCCGUUGUUAUUGUUUCAAGACCUUUACAUUUUUUUUUUAAAUUUUCUUAAUAAAGGGAAAAGAAACUUGC